AUGUCACUGUCCAGUGAAGUCAUCCAAAACCUCAAAAAGUCCGUCGACGCAGCCUGCGCCGACCCCAAAACCUCAAUCCCAGGAACCAGCGUCGUAGUCGUAGGAAAAGAUGGAAAAGAACUCUUUGCGCAUGCCGCUGGGAAAAGAGGUGUUGCAAGCAGCGAGAACAUGACGCUUGACAGCGUAUUUUGGAUCGCAUCUUGCACCAAAAUGAUCGCUGGGCUUGCUUGCAUGCAGCUUGUUGAGCAAGGAAAGCUGCAUCUGGAUGAUGGAGAGGAGAUGGAGCAGUUGGUUCCCGAGUUGAAGGAGAUAAAGGUACUGCAGAAGAAUGGCAGUUUGGUUGAGAAGAAGAGGAAGAUCACGCUGAGGAUGCUUUUGUCACAUACUGCUGGCUUUGGAUACUCUUUCUUCAACGAAGCUCUGCGCGACUUUUCAGGUGGCUUUGACGAGUUCUCUGGGGAUGUCAAAGACAUCCGUCAGCCAUUAACCUUUCAACCUGGAGAGGGAUGGCAAUACGGGGUGAACAUCGACUUUGCCGGUCUGGCUCUCGAGCGUAAGACCGGCAUGUCUCUCAACGAUUACUGCCACAAGAACAUUUUCGAGCCGCUAGGAUUAAAGAACAUUACCAUGUUUCCUACCGAAGAUAUGAAGAAGCGGUUAGCUCAUAUGCACCAGCGAAACCAAAAUGGCACAUUGGUCGAACGCAACCAUCUCAUGCUCAAGGUCUUGGGAGCUAAGAGCGAUGAAAUCGAUGACAUACUGAACAGCGGAGGUGCAGGUGCUUUCGCAAUACCAUCAGACUAUGCGCAAAUCAUCGCAACCCUUCUCAACGACGGCAAAUCGCCCAAAACUGGCGCCCAGCUGCUUAAAACAGAGACAGUAGACCUCAUGUUCACGAACCAGAUCUCACAAUUCCCCGACUUCGGACGCCAGGGAAUUCCUGCCGCCAAACCCGAUCUCACAAACCCUAUCUCCGACGUAUAUCCAGUAGAAGGUAAUCCACCUCAAGGGUGGGGUCUGACAUUCAUGCUAUCCAAUGGAGGUCCGACUGGCCGGUCCAAGAGUACUGGGUUCUGGGCCGGCCUACCAAAUUGCUGGUGGUGGUGUGACAGAGAGAAGGGAGUCGGCGGAAUCGUAUGCUGUCAGAUCCUGCCGUUUGGCGAUCCUAAGGUGCUUGGGUUGUGGUUCGACGUUGAGACGCAGAUCUACAAAGCCUUGGGAGCUUGA